AGGAAUCAGUCUGAGCGGUGUCACGGGCACGACGACGGGGUGGCCGGGGGAACCCCAGAGAGAGAGACCCCGAGAGAGAAUCUACGGUCUCAAACGGGGGACGAGAUGGUUCCCCUAGAUCUCCGAGGCAGGAGAGGCUCCGGACGGUCAGUUCGGUAGGCAAUGAUGGCCGCCGGUGGCUCCAACGGCGAUGCAGAGGCCUCUUCGUGGAGGAACAGGCCGGUCCAGUUGGACCGGUCAUUGCAGGCGAACCCAACUUCGCCCACCGGUUUGGUUCGGCCUAGAAACAAUGGCGAACUGGUGGAUCGAUUGGAGGUUAAUUUAUACUUUUAUGCAGGCAUUUGCCGGCUGUCAUUUCUUUGGACGAGUUCGGAAGUUCCUCGAGAAGAUCGCGAGAGCCGCCGACUUGAAGUUAAGUCCAGACAUGGCAGCCAAAUACAUUGGAGGUGUGGCUGCAUCCUUCGCAAUUGCAUAUCUAUUUGAUACAGUUAUUGCUGAAAAGAAGAUAUUUGGAGGCACCACUCCAAAGACCGUUGCUGACAAGGAGUGGUGGGAAGCAACUGAUCAAAAGUUUCAAGCCUGGCCUCGAACUGCUGGACCACCAGUUGCCAUGAACCCUAUCAGCCGUCAGAAUUUCAUCGUCAAGUCGAAUGAAUCUUAAGGUACGAUGUGGAGUUCUUUUGCCGGCGAGGAUGGCCUUCACGCAUACAAGCUCUGCUGUCAUAUAAGGAAUAGUUUCCUUUCUGGUUACAUGAUUGGUUUCAUUGUAGUUUUGGAUAUGUUGAAUUGAGUCUUCAAGUGAAUAAAAGUUCAGGAAACCUUUUGGGACCUUGGGUUGUGAUUAUUCAACAAUAGAUAAAUUUUGUGAUGCUGCUGGAACCUGAUGCAAGAGGAAUGUGCUAUCCUCGCCCCCCUUAGAACUAUAUUUGUUAUCCUGACAUUUCUUUUUUUUGGUUUGGUUACAUUUCUAGUUGUUUUUGUGAUCUUGUAAACUAUUGCUGCAUGUCCAUCUACACGUAUCUUUUUAUG